AUGUCCAACCUCCUUGCAAUUCCUUUCAAGAAAACACAAACGAUACAGAUAAAGGAGGCAGCCCGCGCCUAUAUAUCUGAACGUGGGGGAGCGCAUCCUGAUGAAUUCAAAGAAGACUUCAAAGUCUGGCAGGAUCUCCGAAAGGAUGGAGUAGGCGGCGUAGUUCACGUCAAUCGAAUAGAUGUUACCCUUCUCUAUCACGCUCAACUUGUUUCCAUUCUAGCCAAACUUCCCACAGAUAUCCAACUGGCAAUCCCUUACACCCCUGCUUUCAAUCCCUCUGCUGUUCCUAUUUCGUUGUCCAAUUUGGCUUUUGAACGCGCCUCUGUCGUAUUUAACCUUGCGUCUUUGUACUCUCAACUAGCUGCGUCAGAAGAUCGCGCCACCCCCGAUGGCAUCAAACGAGCCGCAGCGAACUAUCAACAAACCGCGGGGACUCUGUCGUUUUUGUCAUCAUCCGUUCUGCCGAAACUCGUAUAUCCCCCUGAUGUUGAGGAGAUUCCGCUGGAUCUCUCACCAGGGCUUAUUAAGUGUUUGGAAUGGUUGAUGUUGGCCCAAGCUCAGGAAUGUUCUUGGCAACUAGCGAAACUCAAUCAGUAUAAGAACUCGCUCGUUGCGAAGAUUGCAGCUCGAGCCGCAUACCUGUACGAAACGGCCGCUACUACAAUUCGUGAGGCGUCGCCGCCAGUCAAACAUAUUCUUCCUCCGGACUGGCUGCCUCACAUAGAAGCAAAAUCCCAUCACUUCAAGGCAGUAGCGGAACUGAGAAAGAGCAUGGAUGAUUUUGAGGCCAGUAGGUACGGGAUCGAAUUAGCAAGACUAGGACAAGCGCAGGUUGAAGCGAAGGAAGCAUACGACAUUUCCAGACGUGGAAGAGUCGCUUCUCCGGUCUUACAGGAUGCUCAAUCCCUACUCGAAACUGUGCGGAAAAGCCUCACUCGGGCUCAGCGUGACAAUGACCUCAUAUAUCACCAAGAUGUUCCUGCUGCAUCAGCCCUGCCUGCUAUCCAGCAAACCAAUCUUGCUGCGGCUACGAUCCCGGCAGGCCUUCUCAAUCCAGCUAGUAUUUUGGGAUCGAAACGUCCCAUCUUCGGAGAUCUCGUUGGAUGGGGGGCCAGAGAAGCGAUCAACAUAUACAACGACAGGAAACACGCGUUUGUGAAGGAGAGGGUCGUUGACGUUGCCCAGGAGCUUCAAGAUGAAGCUGAUGACCAGUUACGAAAAUUGAACCUCCCUUCGACACUGGAAGCCCUGGAACGCCCGAUUGGCUUGCCUCCUAGUCUGUUGCGGAAGGCAGAGGAGGUUCGCCUUGAAGACGGACCCGCUAAGAUUCAAGCAGCUCUUGAUGACGUUGAAAGACUGGCGGAACAAGAUGAAUCGAUCUUAGAAGAGGCAAUGGACAUCUUAGAUAACGAAGCCUCAGAAGACGAAACGGCUCGGAAAGAGAUACCUCUGAAUCGGUUGCGAUCUCACGAAGCCAACGUGGAACUGAUUGAGAAACAAAGACGAUACCGUGAAAUAUUGAAGCAGGCACGCCGGAGUGACUCAGCAGUCCGGCAAAAGUGGGACGAAUGGGAGGCGAAUAUCACUGAAUUGACUCUAGACGAGGCGGAUCUCGAAGCAUCAGUUCCUUCCUCCACUUUCACCUCCGCUGUCGAGCCGACGCCUGAAAGUAGAAAGACACGGAACCACGCACGCGCCCUUCGCGUCAAGCUAGAAGAGCUUGAUACGCUCCGACGAGAUCAAAAGCAGCUUGCGCAUCGAGCCCAGUCCCUGGCUAAGGCUGACGAUAUUCGGCCAAUCAUACUCAGAGCAGCUUCUGGGUUUGAGAGAUUAACAGAAGUCGAGCCACACAUGUUUGAGGACGUUUCUGAUGAACAACUUGCAAAGUACGACAAGUUCCUCAUGGACAUGUCUGAACUUGCCCAGAAACAGAGUGUCAUCCUACAGGAUAUCAAGAACGGCAACGAGGCAUUCCUGAGAUCUAGGCUGGAGGAUCCGGUUGUGAAACAACGAGAACUUGCGCUACAAUCACUUGAUCUUGCAUAUUUCAAGUACAAGGAGAUUACUCGAAAUCUAGAUGAAGGCAACAAGUUCUAUAACGACCUUGCCGGAAUUCUGAUGCAAUUCAAGGAGGUGUGCAAGAGUUGGAGCCAUGCGCGGAAUCAAGAGAUACACUCACUGACUCGCUCGGUCCAAUCAAUGUCUGUCCGCGAUAAUGUUGAAGACAAGACACCCAAGAAAGCUCGUUUAUCCCCACCUAGAUCGCCCGCCACAAUUGGCUCAACACGCAAACCGACAGGAAAGUCUGCCCUCGGUUUACCCGCUAUCACAUUAAGUGAUUUGGGAUUCGAGGAGAUCCCCCUGCCUCCCGGUCCACCAGAGCCAGUGAGUCGUUGA